CGCUGUUUGUCAGAGCAGCUUCACUUCUCUUGAGUUCACUUCAGUCGGCUCCUACACAAGAUAGAUAGAAAUAACUGCAGAUACACACACACUUAUAUACACACACACAAUUUUACACAGAGCACCUUACUGUGGUGCAGCAAUAUCGGAUUUAUACACUCUUCUUUUCCGUUGCACUCCCUACAUCUGGGACGGGUGUAAACUUUCAGCUCCGACAGUCUGGUCAGAGCGAGCGGCUUCGCUGUUAGCUAGCGGCUAAUGUGUUUAUGUACGUAGACACGGCUAGCUGCUAGCGGGUUUGGCAGUUAGCUAGCAAAGCAUUUUAAAUUAGAACAAGAAACAAAACCGGACCUGCUGGAUUAAAGACCAACAAUUGAAAGGUUUUUCUGGAUAAGUCGAGCAGAAAUACAGGAUCGUGUGUGUGUGUGUGUGUGGCGCACUCAGGAAUGAGUCAUGACCUCUGUGGUGGUAAUAGACGGAGGAGGGAACGUUCUGGAGUAUGUCACUGGAGACGAGGAGGCACAGCAGGAGGUAUGUUGUGAUGAAACUGUGAUCCCCGAGGAAGACGCCGAGUGUCCGGCGGUGAUCGUGGAGCAGGUUAACAGCGCCGACGUGGAGCAGUGCUACGCCGCUCAGGUGCUCGUCUGCGACGAUGAGAACACCUACCUGAUGCAGGAGGUGGUGGAGGAGCAGGUGGUCGAGACGGAGGUGCAAGACACAAGCAUCGUGGAGGUAUCAGUUCAUGACAAAACCAUUGAAGCAGCUGAAGCUUUGCUGCACAUGGAUUCUCCAGCCAGCAUUCAUGAUGAACACAGCCCAGAGGAGUUUGUGUCUGAGAUGGAGGUGGAGGUGAGCACUGAGGACAUGGGGCAGGUCGUGGAAGAUCCUCACAGUGUGCUGCAGCAAACAGAACUGCAGAAAAAGAAAAGAGGACGGAAGUCCAAACUGCCGCGGGCCUGCUGCGACGGCUCUCUUGAUCUUAUUUAUAAGCGGAAAUCGAGAGAGAACAAGGGCACCACCACGUACCUGUGGGAGUUUCUGCUCGAUCUCCUUCAGGAUAAAGAAACCUGCCCCAAGUACAUCAAGUGGACGGAGAAGGAGAAGGGCAUCUUUAAACUGGUCGACUCCAAAGCCGUGUCCAAGCUGUGGGGUAAACACAAGAACAAACCGGACAUGAACUAUGAGACCAUGGGACGAGCGCUCAGGUAUUAUUAUCAGCGAGGAAUCCUUUCCAAGGUUGAAGGCCAGAGGCUGGUGUACCAGUUCAAGGAGAUGCCUAAAGACAUCGUGUUUAUUGACGACGAGGACAUGGAGGACGGAAUGGACAAGGGCAAUGCGCAGGGGAGUCCCACCGCGGCCGACUGCUCAGCCCACCGCCGGAGAAAGGACAGACUCUCGCCCUCCUCGCCACCCGUCAUAAGCAUCGCUUCGGGACACGAAGGACUCGUGUCCGUGCAACAGUCACCGGUCGCCACGACAACUGGCCAGAGGACGGUGAGGCUAGCCAUGCAGGUGCCAGUCGUCAUGACAACGCCGCAAGGUCAAAAGGUCUCGGCAGUGACCCUCAACUCUCCUACGAGCUCCUCUCCGGUCCUGUCAGCGGGCAGCAUCCUGGGUGGGGGGAACAGCGGGGGUAAAGUGGUGCUGCAGGCCGUGCCCACGCUGAUGCCCACACAGGGGCAGAACGGAGAGCGCAUUACGCUGCAGCUCAUCACGCUCCCCGCCAAUGCUUCCACCAAAGCGGGCGCGCCCUUCACGUUGCGCACCCUAGCACCGCUCACAGGGGCGCAAGUCCUCCAGCUCGCCAUGCCUUCCUCCGCCAACCCGGUUCCUGCGGAGGCGGCGAUGAACACACAGGAAGUCAAGAUCAUCCAGGUGGAGACCGUGGAGCAAAGCGAACUUGUAGAUCAGAUGGGCAUGCACAGCUGAGACACCGAACACACACACACACACACACUCACACACACACACACACACACCGACCAACAUCAAGCGCUUGCGUCAGAACAGGAACCACACCGACGAGGUUCAUUAUGGCAGCCGUGCUCACGAGGACGAGAGCAGCACUACAGCUAAGCCCCUCCCACCUUCACGUCCACCUUCAUGUCCCAACACUAUGACUGACUCGGUUUUAGUUUCCUGAAGUUUUCCGCUUCGAAACCAAGCAGCCCAGACUUUUUUUUUUUUUUUUUCUGAACACCCGAGACCCAAAGUUUGUCCAGAUGGACCACCGUAUGGAGACAUGAGGUUACAGCACUGAGCUGUAACCGGUUCUAAAACCCCCUGAGAUUAAAACGCUUUGGACAAACCCAGUGAGGGGAAACGAAAAAUUUCCACCAGCACCAAUGGACGUAAGGACGCCGUGUAUAUAAAGAGACUCAGCACCCGUAGUGAACAAAAUGUAUAUCCGCUUCGGAUGGCUCCCCCCCCCCCCCUUAAACAUUUUUUCCCUACAGUGUAAAUAUAUACUUUUUGAUAUUUUGUAUCAGGCAGUGUUUGUUCGUUUAUUUCUUCUUCUUUCUUUAAAAAAACAAACAAACAAACAUUCAUCUUAAAACUUUGUAGACCUUAAUCAUUUCACUUUCAAUAUGUUUCAAUAUCUUUUUGUUCUUUUUUUUGCAUUUAUAUUCAUCAUACUUGUUAUGCACAUUUCUUGAUUUGUGUACACAAAAAGGGAGAGACAAGUUGUGUACGUUCAUGUGUAUGUCUGUCUGUACGUUCAUGUGUAUGUCUGUCUGGACUGAAAUUUAUUGAAUGUUCAAUAUUUGAAGCAUAUAUUUUGUUGUAUUUCUAUCCAAGCUUGUAUCCAAGUAGAUUUAAAUAUAUAGGAUGUAAUCCAUCAAACAAACCCUCAGAAUUUUACUCGUCCUCUCUCUCUUUUUCUUGAUUGUAAAAGUGUUACUUUUUUACUUAUGUCAUUAUACAAUAUUCUGACAUCAA